UUAGGAUCUCUAGCCAAUCACGCAUCUGAAACAUCAACGUUACGUCGAGUUGCAAGUGAGCCACAUCGUCAAACCAGCUCAAGGUACAUGGAGUAUCUCCCCCUCUCUCAUGCAGGUUCACAUUAUUUCCAACCUCAUUCUCUCGCCAUUCAAAGGUCGAUGCGCUCGCAAUGGCAACUCAAAGGGGGCGGCCAUGGGCGCGGAUUUUUUCCUUGACCGUCCUCGUCCUCGCUUUCACGGUAGUUGUCAGUGCCUCAACUGGCGACAAGUUGCCAGAAUUUAAGGACUGUCUCAAGGUCUGCAAUGCUGAAAACUGCUCCCCUGAUAAACCGCAAACUCCAAUCCGUAUAUUCACCCGAUCCGCGCGCCUAAAGACACAGCUAAUGUGAACUCCCGACAACAGCUGUUCUACAUCGACUCCUAUUCUGGACUUGCGCCAGUGAAUGCGAUUAUGCCUGCCAGCAUAUUGUAACAGGUCAGCGCAUGGCCACGGGCCUCACGGUCGAACAAUUCUACGGGAAAUGGCCCUUCUAUCGCUUCCUCGGCAUGCAGGAGCCCUUUAGUGUCCUCUUUUCUCUCGGCAAUCUCUGGGCGCAUUGGGAUGGCUUGAAGAAGGUCCAGUCUAGGAUACCGAAAUCUUACUCCCUGCGAAUAUUCUACGAUUGGCUAGCGUAUGUCGGUAUCUCCUCUUGGGUUUUCAGCUCUAUCUUUCAUACUCGUGAUUUCCGGUUCACUGAGGAGCUUGAUUACUUCGCUGCUGGCGCCAAUGUCCUGUACGGUCUGUACUACACGGUGGUAAGGGUUUUCAGACUGGAUAAACGCACCCCGCGAAGAAGAACCACCCUACGAGUUUGGUCGCUCGUCUGCGCCUCUCUCUUUCUUGGCCAUGUCUCGUACCUCAAGUUUAUCCGCUGGGAUUAUACGUACAACAUGGCUGCAAACGUGGCAGCAGGCAUCGUGCAGAAUGUCCUGUGGACCUGGUUUAGUUUCAAGAGAUAUAGGGAGUCAAGGCGCAUGUGGGCUGUUUGGCCCGGUUUCGUGGUUGCUUGGAUUAUAUUUGCCAUGAGCAUGGAACUGUUUGAUUUCCCACCUUGGCUGGGUUGCAUUGACGCUCACAGCUUGUGGCACCUCAUGACGAUUGGACCGACAAUUUUAUGGUACAACUUUCUAGUUAAAGAUGCUCGGGACGAUAUGGCUGGAAGCCAAAGACUCAAACUUUAGUAAGAGACAGACUAAUAUCAGUGUCAAGAUACACAUUUCAUAGAAUUAAUUACAUAGUUCAUAUUAUCCACAUCCCUGAGUGAUAUGGAAUAUAUAAUUAUCAUAAUACUUCUUUGUUGCAGAGUUUCCUGUAUUGAGAAGUGAUUCUUGAAUAAUGCGAAUCGUCCAAAACGGUCCGGCAAGAGGGCAUGAACAUAAAAACGACCCCCACAUCAUUCUUUCCAACUCCUUGCAAAGAGUGAACCGGUCCAGGUUUCCCACCAUGAUCUCGUGUUCCGCUUUCUCAUCAUCCGACGUCCAAAACAAACCCAAUAGAUACAGCUCUUUAUUUUCCUUCGACUUUUGACCAGAUCUAUGGUUCCUAUAAAAACGCAGUUGAAGCAAAUAUGGUCUGCCCUCUUUGACCUUCAAGGGCAAUAUUAAAUCUCUCGAAGUCCUUCCAGAUGCUUUGCGUCGAUGCCAAGGCAAGGCAAGGUUUUUGUGGCAGAUACAGUCUCAACCCAGCUUGAACAUGCCCAUUAGUCGGCUGUGUACCAUGACUCUUAUGUGCUUAGGAGAUCGCGCACUGAAAGCCCUCGGCCUUUUGAGUCACGACGAUCGUUGUUGAGCAUCAGCAAUGCAGCCAUGGCCUCUUGAUCAAGUUCGCUCUGGGGAUUGAGAGCCGGGCUUGUCAACGCUGAACCAGGUGCUGAGGCAUCGCUGCGGGCAUAAUGUGGCGCCCCAUAUAUCUGUGGGCCGAAUGCUGGAGAUGUGCCAGCAGAAACGCUGUAACUAUAACGUCGAUGAUCGGUUGAAACAGACGAAUAUGAUUGCGCCCUGUUGCGAGAAUCCUGAGGUGGGAGAGCAGGAGACACUGAUGGGUGGCGAGGGUUACGAUCUGACAUUGCAGUCAUGGCAGGCGACGUAACAUCGGAGUCCUCCAUCUCGACAUCCUCAUCGCCGACUGGGUCUUCUUGAAAAGUCGGGUGAAAUUCACGAAUAGACGGCAAACGGUCGCGUCCCGUGGGUGUUUGCCGCCCGGACUCGGUCUGACCAUUAUCUUCCUCCUGUUGUGCUUUCAGCUUGGAGACGCAAUCCUCCAGGUAUCGAAUAUAUUCGAUCGAGGCCUGCAUUACAGAACCUUUAGUCAGCUGUAUCCCUAUUUUCGAGGACAAUUCAGACACAUACCUGGAGGAUCGACAACUUAUGCAUAUCUCCUGUACAAGCCGGGAUCAUUCCUUUAAGCACGGCAAACUCCUCAUUCAUCUUACUCCGCCUUCGACGCUCGAUCAAACUGUGUGCGGUCUUUCUGGCAAUUUUUCGACCUGCUGCGCUUGUAGCACUCGGUUGCUUCUUCUUCGCCUUGUCGUCCGCGGCCGCAUCUCCUGAUCCUGACGUUGUUGACUUAGAAAUGGCUGCUGUGGCCGUUUUUGCUGAUGCAGAGUUCUUGCUGGUCGUCUUCGCUUUAUCUUUGCUGCCACCGUUGUCACCAUUACCAUCCUGCCGGGGCUUCAUCUGGAUGAUUUUGCGUGAUCUCGUUGGUGGAGGCGGCAGGGCAAACGAAUUGUCCUUUUGGUCUUUCGCAGCAGAAGAACGGCGGCGUGCCUUCACUGUCUCGGCAGGCUGCAUUGGGUAUGUUGCUCCUGGGGACGUUGUGGUGAGUCGGUGCGAUUUUGUAUCUGUUGGUGAGACCUGAGAUGACAUGGUCGGCGAUAUGCGGGAAGCAUCAUGAAUUGCUGGAGGCGGCAAUUCAAAAGACAGCUGAAAUGAGGAAAGCUGUUGAGUUCCGUCCUUGCCCUUGAUAUCAGAUGAAGAACCCGGUGUGAGAGGAAGGCCCGGUCGAGGCAUCCUGGAAUCGUGGAGUCUGAACUCGUCCUCAAAAGGCAGUGAUGAUACUUAGUUGCUCUUCGCGAAUGAUGGCCAAUCGAACACGACGGUCAAAGUUUAAAUCAAGAGAGCACUCAAGGGAAGGAUAAAUAAAGGGAGAGAUACAACCACUGUGGCUAUCCUGAAAUUUUUGAGGAAAAGGGUAUAUGGGAGUCCCAAAGACAGUCAAGUUCCAGUCUCGUUUGAGAGUCAAGAUGAAGAUACGGGCAUGGGGGCAAAAGACAUUAAAUUGGUCACCGAGAUCAACCUACGGAUACAGUACCAGACAUGCUCCAACGACAAUCGA